ACAAACAUAACCCUGAUUUUAAAAGAAAAAAAAAAAACAAACAAACACCACGUGUGAGCACACCUUCCACAAGAGAGCUUCCCUGUAUACGGAGUCCAGAGAUUUCAACAUAAUCAACAUUCAGCCCAACCCGCUAUUUAUUUGGAAGAGCUCGUCAACUCCCAAUUCCAAAUUUCCAACCGAGCUCCAAGUCCCCAACCAGACAAAUAUGGCUUCCAUGCCUUUCUCUGCAACUUGUUCAACCCCUCUACACGGUUAUUCUCAAACAAAAACAACAAGAAGCUCAAAUUCUUCAGCUUCAUGCCCUUCCAUGGCUUUCUGGACCCCCUUCGUCAAAUCUUCACUUGGGUCAUCUAAAUCGGCAAUUUUCCAGAACGGGUUCUCUUUGCAAUCACCGAGUUUUAAUGGGGUUUUCUUCAAAGCUCGGUCUUUGGGUGUUUAUGCAAGAGCAGCUACAGAGAAAACUCUUUAUGAUUUCAGUGUCAAGGAUAUUGACAGAAAGGAUGUUCCUCUUAGCAAAUUCAAGGGGAAGGUUCUUCUGAUAGUGAACGUGGCUUCAAAAUGUGGAUUGACUUCUUCAAAUUACUCAGAACUGUCACACUUGUAUGAAAAGUACAAAACUCAAGGAUUUGAGAUUCUAGCUUUCCCUUGCAAUCAGUUUGGGGGCCAAGAGCCUGGAUCAAACCCGGAAAUCAAGCAGUUUGCUUGUACAAGGUUUAAAGCUGAAUUCCCCAUUUUUGACAAGGUUGAUGUCAACGGUCCCAGCACAGCUCCGGUUUACCAGUUUCUGAAAUCAAGUGCAGGAGGUUUUCUAGGUGACCUUGUCAAGUGGAAUUUUGAGAAGUUUUUGGUGGACAAGAAUGGUAAAGUUGUUGAGAGAUACCCACCAACAACAUCACCUUUUCAAAUUGAGAGGGAUAUCCAGAAACUGGUGGCAGCUUGAGGAGAAGAGCUACACAACAUGCAUGGCGGCACCCAGUUAAGGGAGGAUGGAGGAGCAUACGUGGAAAUCCCUGUAUAUGGCGUUUUAGUUAAUAGCUUUUACAUAUCUGUCUUAUCAGUAGAGUUUUAUUUUCUUGUUUUGGGGGGUAAUGGACGCACUCCUUGUCGGUUUCAGUUGUUCUUUUUCAUAUAUAUUUAUCAUAAUUUGCAUUGAUACAAAUCUACUCAUGUCUAGCA